AUGCUCCAUUAAUAAAUGCAAGUAAGACAUUUUCUGAUUUUCAUACCGACAGCUUGCAAUUACCAAAGAAGAAAUGAAUCGAGAUGAAGCAACAGUGAUGAACUCCCUUCACUUCCUCAUCCUCUUUUUCCCUUUCCAAAGCCAUAUCAACCCUUCUCUUCAGCUUGCCAAAAUCCUAGCACGAAAUGGUGUAAAGGUCACCUUAGUCACUACAAACAGUGGCCUCCAACAAAUGAAAUCUCUCCCAAUUCUCAAGGGAUUGUCGUACGCUUCUUUUUCCAAUGAAAAGGAUGAUAAUUACCAAUACGACAAUGGUUUUUCUAGCUAUGUUGAGAGCUUGAGGAGCAUAGGCUCCCAAAAUCUCACGAAUCUUAUCGAGAAGUUUUCAGCCGAGGGUCAACAGGUGACCUUUCUAGUGUACAGCAUCCUCCUUCCUUGGGUGGCUGUGGUGGCGCGUGAACUUCAGGUACCGUCUGCUUUUCUUUUUAUACAGUGUGCGACUGCUUUUACCAUUUAUCACCGUUUCUUCAAUAGCCAAGAAGGUAUACAUCGCCGAAUGGAUCCCUCGGUUUCAAUAAAAAUACCAGCAUUGCCAUUGUUUUCCUCCGGUGACUUACCCACCUUUCUCUUUCCUGAAAGUCCCACGAGUGGUUUGUUGAUCCCUGUGAUGCAAGAACAUAUAAAGGUCCUAGAAAAAGAUCCCAGAUCCUUUGUUCUUGUUAAUUCCUUUGAAGAAUUAGAACAAGAAUCAUUCAAAGAUAUAGCCAAUAUGAAUGUUAUUGCAGUUGGACCCUUAAUGCCAUCAGCUUUCUGUGAUGGAAGUGACCUAACAGACAAAUCAUUUGGAGUCGAUUUAUUCAGUGUAUCUGAUGAUUACUUUCAGUGGUUAGACUCGAAGCCUGAGCGUUCAGUGAUCUAUGUGUCAUUUGGAAGCUUGGCAGUGUUAAAGAAAGAGCAAAAAGAAGAGAUUUUUCAUGCAUUAAAGGAAAGCGAGAGGCCUUUUUUUUGUGUCCUCAGAUCAUCAAACAGUGAAGAAGAGGAAAUGCAUAAAAUGAUGGAAAAUAGUCUGAAUGGAGAUGGGAUAAUAGUGCCCUGGUGUUCUCAAGUUGAAGUGCUAAACCACCGCUGUAUCGGGUGUUUUGUGACACAUUGUGGAUGGAAUUCAAUACUAGAAAGUAUUGUUUCUGGGGUACCAAUAAUAUGCUGCCCGCAAUUCUCAGAUCAAACGACAAACGCGAAGAUAGUGGAUGAGGUUUGGGGCACAGGUGUGAGAGCAAAAGCAAAUGGGGAAAGUAUUACUGAAAGAGGUGAAAUCAAGAAAUGCUUGGACAUUGUCAUGGGGGAUGGAAACAGAGGUAAAGAAAUCAGAGGAAAUGCUGGUAAAUGGAGAGGUUUGGCUAUAGAAGCUGUUAAAGAAGGGGGUUCUACCUACAACAAUCUCAAAAAGCUUUUGGAGAUUUCGGGAUAGUAAAUAACUAGGAUAUUCUAUUUAUGAUGUUUUAUUAAUAGAUUAUAAGAUUAUAAUUAGUUUAAGGGGAUUUGGAAGUGUUCAUUUCGUUAAUUUUGCUUCAACUUUAAGGAAUGUGAAAAUACGGCCUUUGGCACUCAUUAGACGAGAGGAUUUGUAUGAACUUUUCUAAAGUGAA